AACACGCCCAUGCCGCUCUCACGUGGGGUGAAGCAAAGCCGCUGUCUCUCCAAGGCCAGCAGUUGCAACUCAAUCACACCACGCGGAAUACGCUGCAGCACACCAAACAACAAUGUCACAUGGCGGCGGGCAGGCCGAAUUCCUAAAGAAAGGCAAUACAUCAGCAGCACAUCGAAGCUCGCCACCACCACAGCAGCCUCAACAUCCAGGCAGGAUCUUCUUCGUUGGGUGAUGAUCGACACGACAGCAAGACAGCAAACAUCUCACGUCGCGGGAACAAAGAGCAAGGCGUCCUUGUGUUCCUCCACAAAGCCACCUAAAACGUGCAGGGAAAUGAAACAGGGAUUAGCCGCAAAUCGAGGCACGUGUACACAAGCGAACGAGGAGAGAGAGAGGAUUGCCAGCACUAACAGCGUAUCUUCUCGGUGUCCAACAUCGCGCCACAUGUCAAGUGGCGGUGAGACAUGA